CUUGAGACUUCCUCAGCCGGCCAUUCCUCACCUACGGACUACGGACUAUUCAUAUCAUACCAACCACGUACCCGAUCCUCUUUUUCCAUAGUUUUUUUUUCUCAUAAUAAAUCUCAAAAUUCCAUUGUUUCCUCCACAUCAUCUACAAAAAUUUUAACGAGUUUAUCAUCAUCUUUGGAGUUAAUUCCUCCAGAGAAUAAGUCAAUAUUUUCGGGAUGACGGGACCAUCGUGGAGGCUACUUCGCCUCCUUCUCUUGGUAUCUCUUGUCAUCGGAGCGGUGAUGGCGAAACGCGAACGGAAAGACAAAGUGAAAGUAGACGAUGACCUGACUGGAAGUGAUGAUGCAGACACGGUGGUCGCCAGUAGAGGUGAUGACGAGUUUGAUAUAAUUUAUGAAAGUCCAACACCAAUCGGAGAUUAUCAUUUUGCGGAACAUUUUGACGAUGUGGAGGCUGCCAAGAAGCGCUGGAUUAUGUCUAAAGCUCAAAAGGAAGAGCAAGAUAACGUCUUCAAAUAUGAGGGGCAGUGGGAUUUUGAAUUUCCUCUCAACCGUAUGUUUCCAACGGAUAAAGCACUCAUUUUGAAGUCCAAAGCCAAACUUCACGCCAUUUCGGCAAAGUUGGACAAACCAUUUGACUUUACGGACAAGCCAUUAAUUGUUCAAUAUGAAGUUAACUUUCAAAAUGGGAUGGAUUGUGGGGGAGCUUAUAUCAAACUGAUUUCAAAUUCCAAGAAUAUGGGAUUACCAACUUUUAACGAUAAGACGCCUUAUACAAUUAUGUUUGGUCCGGAUAAGUGUGGGAGUGAUAUGAAGAUUCACUUUAUAUUUCGCCACAAGAAUCCGAUUAAUGGCACGUUUUCAGAGAAGCAUUCGAAGCGUCCAUCUAAUCGCGUGGAAGAAUCGUAUGGAGAUAAGAAACCUCACUUGUACCGACUUAAACUGACACCUGAUAACAAAUUUGAAGUCUUUGUUGACGAUCGAUUAAUUAACUCUGGUAGUCUACUUGACGACAUGGAACCCAAAGUUAAUCCACCAAUGGAAAUUGAAGAUCCAAACCAAGUUAAACCUGCCGAUUGGGACGAACGAGAGAAAAUUCCAGACCCUACUGCUGAAAAGCCAGAGGAUUGGGACGAGGAUGCUCCCAUGAAAAUCCCCGAUCCUAAUGCUAACCCACCCAGUGGAUGGUUAAUUGAGGAACCGGAAAUGGUGCCCGACCCUACUGCAAUACAACCACAGGAUUGGGACGAUAGUAUGGACGGUAGUUGGGAAGCUCCUUUGAUCACAAAUCCCAAAUGUGCCACCGCUCCUGGUUGUGGAAGUUGGUCACCUCCUCAAAUUGAUAAUCCAGAAUUUAAAGGCAAAUGGAAGCCCCCCAUGAUCAGUAAUCCUAAUUACAAAGGGAAAUGGAUUCCUGCAAAAAUCCCGAACCCGGAUUAUUUCGAGGAUAAGGAACCUUUCAAAAUGACUUCUAUUGGUGCAGUUGGUCUGGAACUUUGGACAAUGACUGAUCAAGUUUUGUUUGACAACUUUAUUAUUUCCAAUGAUCAAUCUGUUGUCGACGACUGGACAAGUAAAACUUGGGAACUCAAGCGCCGAGUAUUGGAGAAAGACAACGAAGGAGUUUUCAGACGGACUUUGAACUACACAAACGCGCAUCCUUGGUUAUGGGCUGUUUAUGUUUUGGUAAUUGCAUUGCCAAUCGUCUUGAUUUUCACAUUCUGUUGUGGAUCUAGUCAGGAUAAGAAAUCGGAGACUUACAAGAAAAACGACGAACUUUCACCCGAUGAUGACGAUGCGGCUGUGGCAGGAGCAUCAACAUCAGUCCCAACUUCUGCCAAGUCUAAAGAAUCAAGCGGAGCUAGACAAAGGGGUCAUCAGGUGAGCAAAGACGACCUUGAGGACUCUGUUCCCUCACGUUCAACUAAGAAACAGCCCGAGCCAGAGCCCGAGCCGCAAGUCGAUGAUGAUGAGACUGAAACUGAAACUGACAGUGAAGAAGUCGAGGAAGAAAGACCUCCAACGCCAGAGCCUGAACCAGAGCCAAUCAUCACCAAAAGGCGAGGAAAGGGAAGACCCCGUAAAGAAUAAAUAACAGCGUCAUAGGAACAAAUGCCGAGUCCUUAAUGAUCCUACAUAUAUCACAGUUAGGUUCAAAUUAAUGAUGUGUUACACAUUCUUUUUUUAUCUUUCGGCAAAGGUUUAAGAUAAUUAUUUAUUAUUUCUCCUUAAAUGUAUUUAAGAAUAUUAUUUCUUAUUGCCUUUAUAAUUAUUUUAUCUGCGUUAGAAUUUGAAAUGGGAUUAGUUAAAUUACUCUAAACAAGAUCUGCUCUUGUGUUCUCCACUAGUUGUGUAAUCAAUCAAUCAUUUAUAUGAAGUGGCAUUUUUAACGAUCUUUGAAACUGGUAAUUGCAGCUUAGUUACUUAGAACUACUCCUAUUAUGUUACAUCAUGCAACCAACAUGAGUCACGCUAAUUGUAUAGCAUUCAACUGUAGAGAAAGUCUUAAUUUAAUCCAUGCGUUGAAUGCGGAUUGAGAACAAGCCUGUGGAAUUAAUUGAAAACCCAUAACAAAUCCAUCGACAUAUUUCCUACAUAGUACGUGUCGACGGUUACACGUAGACUGACUCAAGCUCAGUUUUACUUUCUUUGAAUUCUUCACAUAAUCAUUUCUUUCUCUAUCGCGUUCCAAAUUUGACACUAUGAACAAAUUAGACAAAUAAGAGUACCACCAUUGGUCACGAUCCCACUCCAGUGCCUGUUUCUGAGCAUCUUUUGUAUUACUAGUUGAAAAUUGUAUGCAUUUGUUACUUUGUUGAUUGUUAUCAAGUAUUUUUUGUAAUUUUGCGUCCACACACACAUACGCCAACAUGCUGUUUUCUAGUUUAAUAGUAGGAAUACGUACUAUUCAAUUUACUUGUGAUCCUAAAGCUGCACUGGACGACAACCGAUAACGAUAUAAUAUAACGAUCUAUAUUUACUUUCUCUUUAAAAAUACAAGACUGGGCGCACCCGUUUCCGUGUUCUGCUGUUCAUUUUAUUGUUGAGACUUUGUUAUCUCAACAAUAUUGUUUUUCGCCACUAUGAAAUGACACAGUUGUAUUCGGGUGGGACGCAAUAAUAAUGUUGUUGUAUUACAGCUUGCACAUUACGAUUUGUUAAUGCGAGUCAAUUGAAAAAUACAUCAUUUUUUAUGGUUGUUAUUUCUACCACCAAUUUAAUAAUUUUUUCCUGUCCAGUCAACGUGUAUAGUAUGAUUAUUAUAAUAAUUGUAAUUAUAUUACCUCUUUAUAUCUUGAUUAUCUAGUCACCGUUCUAGAAAAACGUAGUCCUCCCACAACACGUAAUAACUAUCUCCCAUGCAAAUCGGUUUUAGUGCUUGCAGCCACAUAAUAAAAAAAGUAGCGAGAGCUUAGGUUCUAUGUAAUAAGAUCAGCAUAAUAAUAGUCCUAAGUAAAUGUUGUUUAAUAGAUUUGUUGUUAGGAACUGAAUUUGGCCUUAGUAUGAUAUUAUACUAAAUAUAGAUAGCAUUUGCUUCAUCAUGAUUAGAAACUAUAUAAUAAUUGUUAUAUUAUGCUAUAUGUGAGGUAACAUUUUUCAUGCAAUUGUCAGUCGUCAGCCUCAUUUACAAUUUUUCAUGAAUAAAGAAACAACAUUCGAUUGGAUAAUAAAUAACGA